CUGGGAGCCAGCGGGAGACGCCGGCGUCCGCCCCGCCGCCCCGCCCGGGGAACAGGAUCUAAGGUGGUGCUAAGUCCCCCAGGCUCUCCCUACUUUCUCUCCCAGCAUGAGGUGGUGUCGCCAUUUGCCCAGGGCCUCUUGGGUUUCUGGUCUGGGAAGAGCACCCCAGCCACCAGAUGAACGUAUACCCUUCCUGAGCCACUGGAGUUGGCCCUUUAAAGGGGAGCGUCCCCUUGGCCCCCCUAGGGUCUUUAUACGCCACCACAGAAGCUCAACGGACAGUGCUCCGACAUCAGGGAAGAAGGAAAAGCUGUUUGGCAGCAUCUCUGCAGCUGAAGCUAUUCGGCGGCACCGCAGGAACCUGGCGGAGUGGUUCAGCCGGCUGCCCAGGGAGGAGCGCCAGUUUGGCCCCACCUUUGCACUAGACACGGUCCAUGUUGACCCUGUGAUCCGUGAGAGCACCCCUGAUGAGCUGCUUCGCCCCUCUGCAGAGCUGUCCCUGGAGCAUCAGCCGCCCUCUGCUGGGCUCCCCCCACUGGCCCUGUCUCAGCUCUUUGACCCCGAUGCCUGUGGGCGCCGGGUGCAGACAGUGGUGCUGUACGGGAAAGUGGGCACAGGCAAGAGCACGCUGGUGCGCAAGAUGGUCCUGGACUGGUGUUAUGGGCGGCUGCCAGCCUUCGAGCUGCUCAUCCCCUUCUCCUGUGAGGACCUGUCAUCCCUGGGCCCUGCCCCAGCCUCCUUGUGCCAACUUGUGGCCCAGCGCUACACGCCCCUGAAGGAGGUUCUGCCCCUGAUGGCUGCUGCGGGGUCCCGCAUGCUCUUUGUGCUCCAUGGCUUGGAGCGCCUCAACCUCGACUUCCGGCUGGCAGGCACAGGGCUUUGUAGUGACCCUGAGGAACCAGAGGCACCAGCUGCCAUCAUUGUCAACCUGCUGCGCAAAUACAUGCUGCCGGAGGCCAGCAUUCUGGUGACCACCCGGCCCUCUGCCAUUGGCCGAAUCCCCAGUAAGUACGUGGGUCGCUAUGGUGAGAUCUGCGGCUUCUCGGAUACCAACCUGCAGAAGCUCUACUUCCAGCUCCGCCUCAACCAGCCGGACUGUGGGCAUGCGAGUUGGGGCGCAGGUGUCUCAGCCACACCAGCUCAGCGUGACAACCUGGUGCAGAUGCUCUCCCGGAACCUGGAGGGGCACCACCAGAUUGCUGCUGCCUGCUUCCUGCCCUCCUAUUGCUGGCUCGUCUGUGCCACCUUGCACUUCCUGCACGCUCCCACGCCUGCGGGGCAGACCCUUACGAGCAUCUAUACCAGCUUCCUGCGCCUCAACUUCAGUGGGGAGACACUGGACAGCACUGACGCCUCCAAUCUGUCCUUGAUGGCCUAUGCAGCCCGAACCAUGGGCAAGUUGGCCUACGAGGGGGUGUCCUCCCGCAAGACCUACUUCUCCGAAGAGGACGUCCGUGGCUGCCUGGAGGCUGGCAUCAAGACGGAAGAGGAGUUUCAGCUGCUGCACGUUUUCCGCCGGGAUGCCCUAAGGUUUUUCCUGGCCCCAUGUGUGGAGCCGGGGCACCCAGGCACCUUUGUGUUCACCGUGCCCGCCAUGCAGGAGUACCUGGCCGCCCUCUACAUUGUGCUGGGUUUGCGCAAGACCACCCUGCAGCGGGUGGGCAAGGAAGUGGCUGAGCUUGUGGGCCGCGUGGGCGAGGACGUCAGCCUGGUGCUGGGCAUCAUGGCCAAGCUGCUGCCUCUGCGGGCUCUGCCUCUGCUCUUCAACCUGCUCAAGGUGGUUCCGCGAGUGUUUGGGCGCGUGGUGAGUAAGAGCCGGGAGGCGGUAGCCCAGGCCAUGGUGCUGGAGAUGUUCCGAGAGGAAGACUACUACAAUGACGACGUUCUGGACCAGAUGGGUGCCAGUAUCCUGGGCGUGGAGGGCCCCCGGCGCCACCCAGAUGAGCCCCCUGAGGAUGAAGUCUUUGAGCUCUUUCCCAUAUUCAUGGGGGGCCUUCUCUCUGCCCACAACCGGACCGUGCUGGCUCAGCUCGGCUGCCCCAUCAAGAACCUGGACGCCAUGGAGAAUGCCCAGGCCAUCAAGAAGAAGCUGGGCAAGCUGGGCCGGCAGGUGCUGCCCCCCUCGGAGCUCCUUGACCACCUCUUCUUCCACUACGAGUUCCAGAACCAGCGCUUCUCGGCUGAGGUGCUCAGCUCCCUACGCCAGCUCAACCUCGCGGGUGUGCGCAUGACACCCCUCAAAUGCACAGUGGUGGCGGCCGUGCUGGGAAGUGGAAGGCACGCCCUGGACGAGGUGAACUUGGCCUCCUGCCAGCUGGACCCUGCUGGACUGCGCACACUCAUGCCUGUCUUCCUACGAGCCCGGAAGCUGGGCUUGCAACUCAACAGCCUGGGCCCCGAGGCCUGCAGGGACCUCCGAGAUCUGCUGUUGCAUGACCAGUGCCAAAUUACCACCCUGCGGCUGUCCAACAACCCGCUGACAGCGGCUGGUGUUGCCCUGCUGGUGGAGGGACUGGCAGGAAACACCUCGCUGACACACCUGUCCCUGCUGCACACGGGCCUUGGGGACGAGGGCCUGGAGCUGCUGGCUGCCCAGCUGGACCGCAACCAGCAGCUGCAGGAGCUGAACGUGGCCUACAACGGUGCUGGUGACACGGCAGCCCUGGCCCUGGCAAGGGCUGCCCGGGAACACCCUUCCCUGGAACUGCUGCAUCUCUACUUCAAUGAGCUGAGCUCAGAGGGCCGCCAGGUCCUGCGGGACUUGGGGAGUGCCACCGAAGGCGGUGCUCGGGUCGUGGCGUCGCUGACUGAGGGCGCAGCAGUGUCUGAGUACUGGUCCGUGAUCCUCAGUGAAGUGCAGCGGAACCUCCACAGCUGGGAUCGGGCCCGGGUCCGGCGCCACCUGGAGCUACUGCUGCGGGAUCUGGAAGAUAACCGGGGUGCCACCCUUAACCCUUGGCGCAAGGCCCAGCUGCUGCGAGUGGAGGGCGAGGUCAGGGCCCUCCUGGAGCAGCUGGGAGGCCCUAGAAGCUGAGAUGGUGGCAGCAGGCACCUAGCUGUGUGACCACUGGCUACAAACCCCUUCCCUCUGGGGCCUCCUGGCUUGCACUACCCCUUCUAGAAAGAUCCCUUUAGGCCUAGAAGCAAAGGAAUGGGCACAGCUAUGCCAGUUGCCCUCCUGGGGCAUGUCCAACCAGUACCCCCAAGUCUGAAGUUUCUGGGGUCAAAGAUGGUGAAUCGAUGCUUCAGGCUCAGAGGUGGAACAGGCUUCCCCUCCCUUCAGCUAGAAGGACCAAAGGAUGUGGCAUUUGGGUGGCCAGAUUGCCCUGUGGCACCACCACCAGUCUUGCCUCUUCCUCCUCUCAAGGAGCCUCUGAUUGUGCCACCAAGGGGUACACUUCCCAUGCCAGGGAUGUCACCAUCCAGGUGUGUUGGAGGGCCCUCCCCUCCUGCCCUGUGCUCACCUGUGGACACUGAGGAUGCCUCACAUUGGUGCUUUCUCCUUGCCCUCCUGCCCCCUUUCCCACAACGGUACCAGUGGCUCAGUGGCGCCUCUGGCCAAAUGCACCCGACUUGCUGCUAUUAAAAAGCUAUGUGUCUUC